AUGGAAUAUACUAUUAAGGAUAUGAGUGAAUUCCUCUUAAAUAAAUAAUAUAAGCUACUCAAAAAACUGGGAGCUGGAGCAUUCGGUGAAAUCUACUCAGCCACAGCCAAUGGACAAGAUUAUGCAAUCAAAAUAGAGCGAUCCGACACCAAACAUCCCCAAUUGCUCUUUGAAUCCAAGCUCUAUCAAUACCUAAACAACUCCCCUAUUAUUGGCAUACCCAAAUAUUAUGGCUACUACCAACAAGACGCCUACAACUUCUUGGUCAUGGAACAGUUAGGCAAAAGCCUCGAAGACAUCUUCACAGACAAUAAUCGCCUCUUCUCCUUGCAAUCAGUCACUGUACUAGCACUCUAAAUGUUAGAAUGCAUUGAGUUCCUGCAUAGCAAAUAAUUCCUACACAGGGACAUCAAACCCGACAAUUUCUUAUUGGGCAAAUCACACAAAGACAGAGUCUACAUGGUCGAUUACGGAUUGGCUAAAAAGUACAUCAACAAAGACACGCAUAUUCCAUAUAAGGAUAACAAGGCUCUAACUGGAACUGCCAGAUAUGCAUCCAUAAAUACUCAUCUAGGCAUUGAGCAAUCUAGGAGAGACGAUCUAGAAUCUCUUGGAUACGUAAUAAUGUACUUCUUAAGAGGCACAUUACCUUGGUAAAAUUUAAGAGCAAAUACUUAAUAAGACAAAUAUGACAGAAUUAUGGAGAAGAAAUUAGCCACAUCAAGUGAAACCUUAUGUAAGAAUUAUCCCAAAUAAUUAUUGCAUUAUGUUGAAUAUACCAAGAAUCUCAAAUUUGAUGAAAAACCAGAUUACCACUAUCUUAAAAAUUUAUUCAUGUCAAUAAUGAAGGAAAAUGAAUUAAGAAUUGAAUACAUCUAUGAUUGGGAUGAUGAAGACACUCAUCGUGAAAAAAUUCUAUUGAAGAAUUAAUAAUCAUAAGAACAAGAUUAAUUACAAAAACAUUAAUUACUCCUAAUAUAAUAACAACAGGCAGUCAGUUAUGAAAACAAAGACUUCAUCCAUUCAUUCUAUCAAUAAGAUUUCGGUGCUCAAACCACAAUAAAAUGUUAAUACAUAAAAUAGUUAAAGUAAUAAUAAAAAAAACCCAAUUGA